AUGGCACGAACCCUUAUCCUAAGCAGUCUGCUCCUCGCAGCGUCAUCUGCCAACCCAAUCAGCCGCGAUGCAGCUAACAAUACCAUGGUUUACUCCUUUGACGAUGUAACACCUUGUACCGACCUCAUCUGGACACCCUGUUACACCAAUUUCACUUGCGCCCGUCUCAUCGUCCCCCUCGACUACGCCGAGCCUACCGUUGGCAAUACAACGAUCGCCUACAUCAAGCUCUCUUCUCCCACCCAGCCCGCCGAAGACAUCCUCUUCAACCCCGGCGGCCCAGGUGGCUCCGGGGUAGACUCCGUCCUCAACGCCAACGCCGAACUGCUCAACAAGCUGGGCACGUCGUACAACCUUAUCGGAUUCGAUCCUCGCGGUGUGAACAACAGCGGGCCGAGUCUGAGCUGCUUCCCUAAUGAUCCCGCAUCGGAGGAACUGUUCGCCAGUCAAAUUAAGAGGCCUAUCAAUAGCAAGUCGCCUGAGUCUGUGGUGCGCGAGUUCGAGAUUAUGGGCGCGUGGGGCGAUUGGUGCUCGAAUGUGCAUCGUAAUGACUCAGCGAAGUACGCGAGUACGGUGGCUACGGCGACAGAUAUGCUAAACUACGCGGAGAAGAAAGCCGUUGCGGAGGGCACGAAGCCGGAAGAGGCGAAGCUGUGGUAUUGGGGUGUAAGCUACGGGACCGUUCUAGGUUCGACGUACGCGGCACUGUUCCCGGAUCGCAUUGGAAGACUCAUCCUGGACGGUGUGGUUGACGUUGAAACGUACUACAAGGGAGCUUGGGGUGAUCUGAGCCAGUCAGAUGAAGCGGUGUUGAGCUUCGCGACGGCCUGCCAGGCCGCGGGAAAGGACAAGUGCGCGUUCUAUUCCUCGACCGCAGACGAGAUCGCGAAACGCAUGCGAGACGUGCUGGAAGACCUUAGGACAAAUCCCGUUCCCGUGGCCGACCCGGCGAUCAGCCCUGUACCAACACUUGUCACCUACGAAGAUAUUUCUUUCACACUCUUUGCGGGGGCAUACGUUCCAUUCAAAACCUUCCCGAUGCUGGCACAGAUCUUCGCAGAUUUGGAACAGCGCAAUGGUUCAUCACUUGCUUUAGCUGUGCAGGCUCAGCCUCCUACUGCUCUAGAUUAUGGUGGCCUGCUCGCAUGCAUGGAUAACAUCAAGAUGCCUGGAGUGUACAACAUCUCGACAAUGGAGCUCUGGGAGCAGCACAUCGAGGAUCUCAAUAACCAGUCAAAAUGGGCCGGUGAUCCCUGGGCAAGCGUAGCGCUGCUGUGCAGAAAGAUGGAUAUUGUGCCUCCGGAGAGCCAGCGAUUCCUCCAGGUGCCGAGUGCGAACAAAACAAGCUUUCCGAUUCUUUUCAUUGGAAAUACCGUUGAUCCUAUUACUCCCAUUGUUGGCGCACGGAAAAUGUCUGGCCUCUUUCCUGGAUCUGUCUUGUUGACGCAGGAAUCAGUCGGUCACACAUCCCUCGCCGCGCUUUCGGAAUGCACGUCGCAUAACGUGCAGCAGUAUCUGGAGGGAACAUUGCCCGCAGCCAAUACUACAUGUAAAGUCGAGAGCGCACCUUUCAUCACGGAGGUUUAA